UUGUCACGUGAAUAAUUUUACUAUCAGAUCGCGAGUAAUCAAUAAAAGAUGGUCUUUGUAUAUAAACGAGCUUCUAACCUGAGUAAUGGACAAGUUGAAUAAAUUUCGGCUAGAAUAAAGCCUUCAAGAUGUCGGUGUCCUACGUUAAGGCUUUGGCCCUUAUUCUACUGAUGUCUGUAUGCUCCAUUGAGGCAUUAUCAACCAAUUCCAGUCGACACUCCCAAGCAUCAUUCUACGGAGCUACUCAGUCAUACCACACCCCCUCCUCCCACUCGCUACAUGUCUGUCUUGCUUUCACAGCCACCCAUGGCACUCUCCUCACAGCAGCAGUGUCCGCCCAUGACACUCUCCUCACACCAGAAGCAUCCGCCCACGGCCGCUCUCUUCAACUCGUACUCGGCAACAGCACUCUCACGAUGCUUCUACUCGACUCCCAACAACGAGUGGACCAAGCGAUACCUCUAAGCAUCCAUCAGUCAAAUCAAUCAUGGCUAGAACUAGAAUUAUCGGUAUCUGGAGACAAUUUUACUCUGCAAGUACAAGAGACUGCAAUUUCCUCAACUUUAAUUUACUCCCUCAAUUUUACCGGGGAAUUACACUUGGGAGGAGAUCCUUCCUCUAAUACAACUUCCGGAAACUUUGUUGGCUGUCUAUCAAAUGUUGCAAUCAAUUCUCAAGCUGUUGAUUUCUCCGCUUCUAUUGAUGAAGGGGGUUACAAUCAGGGAUGCUGUGUGCCCCCUCGACGAUUGCCCUCCGGAGGUCUGGGGGUCGGGACUAACUCUCUUUGGGGGGAGAUUUUGAUCGAGGCAAGAGAAGCGGUUGUCGAUAAAGGGACGAAUAUCACCAUCUCUGAUAUGAAUCUACCUAUCACCAUUCCCAGCGAUUUAGUUAGCUACGAUAUCGGAUAUUGGUAUCACAGUGAUCUUGUGAACAGGGUUGUAUUUGAUGUGAUUGGUCAACCGAGUAGUGGAUACUUCGUAAGAGGGAACGAUGAACACAUCUCGAGGUUCUAUUAUCAUGAACUCCAAUCUUCGGAUCCCCUGUCACAGAUUAUGUAUCGCCAUGGUGGUGUACUGGGAGCUACUGACUCGGCAGUUUUGAGAGCAUCUCUCGAAUGUCAGGAUGGUGGGGAAAGUCCCUGGUCUCAAGAGAUUAUUCUCCCCUUCUCAAUCGUUAAAGUCAAUAACAAGCCGUAUGUGCUUCAUCAAAACACUCUCUCGUUGGCAGCUGGCACCCGACGCCCACUCACACCACACACCAUCACCGUCGUGGACGAGGAAACAACAGACCCCGAGAAUAUUGAGUACACGGUUGAGCAGGUCGAGUGUGGCGGCUGUGUGGGCACGAUGGGGGGCCAGGUGGUGAAUCAUGCUGGCCACAAAAUCAUGUUCUUCUCACAAGAAUCGAUCAAUGAUGGAAGAAUCUUUUUUCAACACUUUGCAUUGAACGACACUGAUGUCACUAUGAGGAUCGUGCUGCGUGUGCAAGACAGCCUAAUAGGGAACAAUCACAACACCAUCUACCCCAAAAUAACAGUACGCACACAUCCCGGGCAAAUCUCCUUCAAUCCAAAUCUUUCUGAGUGUAUGUUUCUCGAUGUGGGCAACACUUUCAUCCUCACCUCAUCAUAUCUGAACUCUACCACCGACUUUCAGGACCAAUCUCCUGAGAUCGCAUACGAUGUUCUCGUCGCCCCGAGCAACGGACGUUUGGAAGUGUACGAAGCCAACCGAUGGUCCCUUAUCAACGAGAGCAUAUCCUCUCGAAAAUUUCUAAACACACCGUCUGUGAUUGGCUACUUCACUCAGAAAAACAUCGACGAUGGACAUGUUAGGUUUGUCCACACUGGGGAAGAUGGAGGCAUUCACACUCUCAAGUUUCGGUUGAGAAGUUCCGUAUACAUUCAGCCUAGUAGUAACCCAAACGGGUACGAAAGUGUGUGUUUUCACACUUUAGACGAUUUCCUGUUGAUUCAACCCGAAUUCGUUAUCGACCCUCGUAACGUGUCAGUUCUCGAGGGCGACCGCACACUCAUCAACCAUAAUAUUAUCAGCGUGGCUCUGAGCGAACAGGAAGUGCUCUAUGCUCCUGUCGGUUUAGGAGUGGACAUAAAAAUUGAACAACUACAGCCGAUCUUUGUACUCGAGUCUCCACCCAGUGUCGGUGAAAUACAAGUUCGUGGGGUACCGAUUUUCUCUGGAGGAAAUUUCUCUCUUGCUGAUUUUCAAUCCGAUGUAGUUUAUUAUCAAAAUAAUGGUAACGAGCUCGAGGAGUCUAGUGACUCUUUUAACAUUCGGAUAGAACCAACCGUGAGUGUGCCUCUGAUUAAACAACCACGCCCCUCUGAUGUCAUCACCAUGACGAUUAUCGUGUCACCAGAUAAUGACAACAUACCAACGUACAGUCUACACAGUAUAAACGUGACUGAAGGCUCGUAUGUGAUUAUAACAAGAGGGCAUAUCUUGGUAGAGGAUGCUGACUUGCCCAGGGAAGAGCUAACCAUUUCGUUCAGGAGGCCUCGCUCUAAUAGACCUGACGAGACCCCCACUGGCUACUUUGCUUUUCGCAACAAAUUCGACGAACGCAUCACCAAGUGCUCAAUGUCAAACAUUUUGAAUGCGGAGGUGGUGUUUGUACAUCAAUUGGACCCGUCAGUUCCUCUCUCAUACAACCAGGCCCUCAAGAUUACCGAUGGUGGUUCGAUCUUAAGACCCUGGCCGAUUAUUGAGGUCCAUGCCAUCCCUCAUACUCUGACUGUGAUCGAACCUGACUCCGCCCAUUGUCUCUCACUUGACCUAACGUCGAAUCGAAACCAAAUCCUCAACAUCAGUGACUAUGAAUUUACGAUGCGUGACCCUCAUGGAAUGGACUCUAACCUCGUUAACAUGGUAAAUGUGUCGAUGGGGGAAUCCCUUCUAUACGGCCAGGUCGUCAAUGGCAACCAGGAUUCUGCGUCACAGUUCACCAUCAGUGAUCUACGUAUGGGAAGAAUACAAUAUCAGUACACAUCUACGGAACUUUAUCGUCUUCGAGUCGAAACAGUAGAACUUUAUUUCCAGUACGGACAUACUCUUGAGGGCCCAUACCUAUACAAUAUUUGCAUCAAUCCGAUUCAAAUUCCAGAUUACAUUCAAGUGCAAGCCGCUACCGUCUCAAACGAUGGACUCUCAGUCAUUAACUCCACCCAUCUCUGGGCCAACGAUACACGCGGUGACAGCGGGGCAGCUAUUCUGUACAAUAUCACCAACCCUCCAGCACACGGUAUCAUCAUCAACGAGGGUAUUCCAUCGAGCAUUCCAAUUGAUUUCUUCACCCAAGCGGACGUAGAUAACAUGCAUAUCGCAUAUUUGAGACCUCUCAAAUCGGGUCGAUUGCCUGAUAAUUUCACCUUUCAAGUGUGCUCUCGAGUGGGUGUGUGCAGUGAGGAGAAAGAACUGAUUCUCAACAUCCACUUCGUUAAUUUAACGAUAGUCAAUCCCGGCAUAAGUGUAAUUGAGGGAGACAAUUAUACAAUCCGCAUCAACGACUUUAGUGUGACCCCUCCCCCUGGUUACAGUAUAGUUCGUUUCCACCCUGCCAUGCACCCCAAGUAUGGUGUGCUCGUAUUGCACUCGCAAUUUGCCCCAUCAGAUCCGGACAUAAUGCCGACGAGAUUCGACGCGGAGGACAUACGCAUUGGGAACCUUAUGUACCAGAGUAACACAUCAUACGAGGUUUUGUUCGAUUCCUUCACUGUAGGAAUAGCUACGUAUCGUUUGUCAAACCCGAAAGAUGUCAUCACCAUUACAGAACUAAUCAACAUUCGUAUAAUACCAGUCAACGAUCAUGUUCCGUCAAUCAUUGUAAAUUUACCCGAUGAGCUGGUCGUCUCAAAAGGUGGUUCGAUCCAAAUUACAAGCGUACAUUUGAGUGCUGAUGACAAGGAUAGUGACGUCGACAACAAAGACUUGAUCUACACUACGAUUGCUAACACUCCUUUCAACAGCUACAUGUAUUUGGACUCUGACCCUGACUUGAGAAUCAACAAUUGGACAGAACAAAAUGUUCGAGAUGGUAGACUUUUCCUGAAAGCCUCUGAAUUCAGCGAAGUACCCAAAGACAUUCUCUUAUUAAGAGUCGAUGAAACUUUAGAGCUAGCCAAGUUGGAAAGGGGUGGUGCUAAUAGACAAAUCGUGAAUAUCAAAAUUGUUGACAUCAUUUUUACUGAAGUGCCUGGACGUGUCAAUUUCGAAGUUUUGGAAGGGGGGAAUGCGACAAUAGAUGGUCAACAUCUCCGCUACUCUGCCAACGAUUAUAAUGUGGACAGCGAUGAAAAGAUACUGUAUGAAGUCACAGCACCCCCUUCUCAUGGACAGCUGUUUCUGAACGGAACUAUACUACUAUAUGGUGGAAAGUUCAGUCAGCUACAAGUUGUAAACAGAGAACUGUGGUACUCACAUGACCAUAGCAACACAUUUAAUGACUCAUUCAAAUUCAAACUCAGUGAUCACAUGGGACGUGAGAGAGAUAAAAACUUCUCGUUUGGCAUCACCAUAGAGAUAAUCGAUGACGACUCUCCUGAGGCUGUUAUAUUUGACCCUGUGCUAUUAGUUCUUAGAAACGAGGUACUUAUAAACGAGAAUGUUAUCAGAAUCACGGAUAACGACACCAUAGAAGGAAAAGAAGUCUUCGACUCCGAUCAUGAUAAAAUUGUCUGCACUGUGAUCAAUGCAACAGAACGAGGUAUCAUUGAAUUGAAUCGAGCUCAAGGAGGUUGGACCCUCACGAAAGAAUUUUCGAAAUUUGAUCUAGAAGAAGAUACUGUUCGCUACAGGAGCACAUCGGGUACGCUAUCAGGUGUUCUUCAAGAUAGUUUCAUUUUCAGUAUCUCUGACGGGACUAACACUGCCAACACCACGUACAAAGUGAACAUAUACCUCCUUCCCGAAAUUGUCGAGCUCACCGUAGGCACUCUGGCCAUUGAAGAAGAUCAAAAUGGUGCUCUCGAGUCGCUAGAUUUCAUAGUCGAGCAUUUUUACCUCAGCCAAGCCCCAGGUGCUUUUAUCAUCACAUCUCCGCCUACCAAAGGCUAUCUCAGGAAUACCGUAACUGAGGAGACAGCAAUUUCCAAUUUUACCACUUCUCAGUUAAAAAGACAAUCCAUUGUGUAUAUUCAUUACGGAGGAGAGGACGAGGGUGACGAAUUUACGUUCUUCUACCGAUCAGAUACGAUGCAAGGGAUUAGCCGCGAGAGUGAUCCACAUGUAUUUGAUAUCAUUAUCACUCCGCAUAACGACCAAAGGCCGAUACUAGACCCAGGCAGAGAGCUAACUUUGCAGUUAUGGGCGGGAGAAACCAAAGUCCUGAGUGAGGAAUACUUGAACACCACUGAUAAGGACACAGACAGUCAAGGACUGAGGUACACUAUCUUGAAAGAUACGGUAGAUGCGUACAUAGCCUAUUCUAACGAUACUGCUAAGGCUAUCUCAACCUUCACACAACAAGAUGUAAAUGAAGCGAAGAUAUCGUUUGUGCAUAAACAAGACCCGGACGGAUACAUAUACUAUAAUGUGACAGAUGGAGAGUUUGUUGUGUCUGGCAAUUUCUCGUUUGAAUCCGAUCCUCUCAUACUGUUUUGUGAUGUGAAACCGUGGACCACCGUGUCAGUAUCACGACUGGGAAGUGUGGUGUUGUCUUUUGACAAUGUAAAUUGUGUAACUAACGAUCAAGAACCUCGUGAAAUAUUCUACCACAUUCUAUCGGAAUUGCAAUACGGAGAAUUUUUGGUGAACAACGAAAGAGUGAUGUCCUUCUCUAAGAGGGAAGUUGAUAACGGUGUUGUAUCCUAUAGGCACACAGAGGAGGAUAGAUGGGAAGCUAUUGAGACUGUGAGGUUAGAAAUUGAAACAGACUUUGACACAACAGUUAGAAAGGACCUCAGUAUUAACAUCGAUUUGCCCCAGGUGGAGGAGGGUAGACCUGCCAUCAAUACCGGGGCUACUGUAAUUGAAGGGAACACCAUCUGUUUGAGUCUAUCCUCCCUAGAUGCUAGGAAUGUUCGUUACCAAGCAUGGAAGAAUGCCGGCAAUGGUCGACCAGAUCUCAAUGAUACGAAUAUUCGAUUUAGUCUGAUGCAAACUCCGUCACACGGAAGUCUGGUGGUCAACGGAAGUCUGGUGGUCAACGACAAACCUAUUUCUGAAUCAUAUUUUUCACAUAGUGAUCUGGCUAGUGGCAAUGUGUGCUACAGUCACGAUAAUUCUGAAACUCUGUCGGAUUCAUUUGGAUUUAGUCUCACAGUCGUGGGUUUCCAACAACAAUACAAUGUUGAGGACACCUUCAGUAUUACCAUAAUAUCGGUCAAUGACGUUCCUCCUGUGCUAGCCACCAUCCAGCCCAGGAUGGAACUAGUAGUCGGAUUCGUACACACUCUCACAACACAUAUCCUGGAGAUUACUGAUGAAGAUAGCUCAGCGGAAGAUAUUGAGAUUGUUAUCAGAUCUCUGCCGAAAGAUGGUGUAAUUUUUCAAAUCUUACUCAAAGAUGUAGUAUUGAAUGUGGGCGAAAAUUUCACUCAGGCGAAUGUAAAUGCUGGUCAUGUGACACUAAAAGGAUUGUCAAUGGGAACAUUUUUAUUCUCUUUCUAUUUCACUGAUAAUAUUGUCCCACCGACCCAGCCCACCCCCCACCAGUUUAAUGUCAGUGUUGUACCACACACACUCAAUAUUAUGGGCACGAAGCGUGUGAUUUUACAACAAAACGAACAGAAAGUGAAAAUCACUAAAGAGUUUCUAUACUCCGACACAAACGGGGACAAUGGAGCCACAGUUUACAGUAUAGUUACUCACCCCACGGUUGGUAUUGUAUAUAAUCAAACCACCCCCCAUUCUAAAGAUAUUCAUAGGACGGACAGAUUCACUCAAGAAGAUAUUGACAACGAGAGAGUGUGGUAUAUCCCCAACCCUGACUCUCGGGAACACAGCGAUUCGUUUGUCGUGACUCUUAGCAACAAAGACGAGUACGUUCCCAACGAAACGGUCUCAGUGCACGUCCUUGUGUGGGGUGAAGUGAAGAGCGGCACAUUUGUUGAUUUCACGGAUAUUGAAAGUGAAUACUCCUUCCAAUUGCCUGAGGACAUUUUUACACUUACUCAACCAGACAUUCGUCAACCUAUUCGUCAGAUCGACCCUCCGAAAUACGGCCACCUGGAACUAAGAUUCCGAGAUUCCAAGAGGGCAGCUGGGAACGAGAAAAAUGCCUUCUCCUUCCAUUAUGAUGAUCUUCACCGCGGCUGGGUAUUUUAUGUGUGGGAUUACGACCAACCACUGUCAGCGUCUGAAAUGGAGGACAAUGUUAUGAAGGACAAUUUUACACUUCUGGUUGAGGCCACUGGUUUUAGGCCUGGAGAAGCCUUUAUUGAACUGAGUAUUGUCCCCCCGUUUAUUGCUACACCACCCCCUAUGAUUGAUAGCACUCGUGUCUCCGUCAUUCCAGAUGUAUCAACACCAACAACUACAGAAUUGGAACCUGAAUCAGGAUUCCCAGUGUUCACUCUGGUUCCAAUCAUCGGAGUUGUCCUAUUGCUACUGCUCAUCAUAGUAAUCAUCAUUGGAUUUUGUCUUACUCAACAGAAAAGAAUUCGUAAGAAGCUCCAUCUUGACAUAGCCACUCCCACUCACCGUCCUAACGAGGUUCUCUCCAUCAGUCCCUCACCCACAAGACACGCGCAUCAGUUCAACUUUGAACCUGACAGUGAAGACGAGCGUUCUCUUUCGUCUGGGUUCUCAGAAGAUGCGGAACUGCCUCCACUGAGAAGUCCGAUACGAAGCCCCACCCACUCCCACGCAUUCUCGUACAGCCAGCCCUACUCAGUCCCUAGUCCCACGUACACAGCACAUCGGCCUCUCCCUUUAAUGGCCCAUCGUCCUAGGGUUCUCAGUAACGUUUCAAUUACUCUAUCAGGACGUCAAUCUGCCAUGUCAGAAAUCAGCGUCAACGAAUCAAAUCACUCCUAUUCUCGCUCCCUACCCAGACCACCCCCUCUCAACAUUGCCAUGCCCGUACCUGUACGUCCUGCCUCUCAAGUGGCGUACAGUGCUGUUAAUGCCGAGUCUGGCUACAGCACUCGUACUCAUACGAAUGAUAAUUCAAGACACCAGAGCCGUUCCAGCGUCCUGUACGAGGAAGGGGAGGAGCUAACUGGUGGGGAAUUUCCUUCAGCCCUUGAGGAUCAUGUGAUCACUGUCAAAGGUCAUAUAACUAAUGACAGGGAUCAUGUGACUACUGUUUGUGUACCUGAUGAAGACAUGGAGGUGGACGAAGGUCAGGGAGUUAAUGAACUGUUGGAUCUAAAUCUAAAUGAUCCGAAUGUGCAGCAACUGUUUCGGUCCACACAUCCUGUCCUCAAGAAACAAGAAUACUGGUUUUGAUUCUAGCCAGGCCAUUAUUUUAGUACUGCUUAUAGCUCAUUCUAAUCCCACCAUUCAAUUUCUAUGUAGCCUCAAAGAUCCUAUCAAUCUCAAACGUUUUGUACAUCUAUCUUUUUGUUGCAAUUUGAAUCAGCUAUUUUUUAUUACCGUGUUUGUUAUCAUGUAUGUUAUCUCUCGCUCUGUUUAUUGUUAAUGUAUUUGAAUUGCUUGUCAAUUCAUUGUCAAUUGUCAACUUAUGAAUUAUGAUCUCAAAAAUUAA